CAUUUCCGUAUUAUUUCACUUGUCUCAUUGAAUGAGGGUUCUUUGAUAAAUAUUCUGCCAAUUGAAUAUUUAACAUUAAUAUUAAGGAUUUAUUGACUUAAAACAAGCUGCUGAACAUUUACUUAUAAGUUCCUUUUAUCUUAUCUGAGGUGUAGUAAGAUAUUUGCACUAGAAACUAGACUAAAAAUACUUGGUAGGAUUUUGUGUUUUUGCAGUGUUCCCAGGUAAUUUAUGACUAACUAAAUUUAGGUCAACCGGAACUACUUCCGGUCAGAGGCUCCGCCCACUUUGAGACGUUAAUGAAUGUUCAUUGGUCAGAAUGAACUUCUUCGAGUGUUUCUUAGAAUAAUGUAGGAAUAAAAUAAAAUUCUGGUUCUGUUUGGACCUCCGGCGGUGCUGUGGGAAUGGCGAACCGGCACCAGAUGAAAGAAGCCCUCCAGCAGCGCAUAGAUUCGCUGAAACAGCAGCUCCACAGUCUGAGUCGGGACAUCUGGACCCGACCGGAAGUCGCUGGCGAGGAGGUGAACGCUCACGAUGUGCUGGUUCGCUUCUUCUCCGAGCAGGACCAGGCAUGGACGGUCCAAAGCCACUACGAGCUGCCGACCGCGUUCCGGGCCAGCUGGGGUUCGGUCGGUACCACCGGGGAACCCCGGCGACUGAACGUGGGUUUCCUGUGCGAGUAUGACGCGCUUCCGGAAAUUGGGCACGCGUGCGGUCACAACCUGAUAGCGGAAGUGGGAGCUGCGGCCGCUGUGGGGCUGAAAGCGGCGGUGGAGACCCAGCCGGAGCUCCCAGUGGAGAUAACCGUUCUGGGAACCCCUGCAGAGGAGGCGGUGGGAGGAAAGAUUGACCUGAUCCGAGCCGGGGCUUUCACUGAUGUGGAUCUCAUCUUCAUGGCUCAUCCGGCUCAGCAGGAUGCCUCCUUCCUUCCCACCGUCACAAUCGCUGAGGUGUCAGUGAAGUACCAUGGGAAGGCGUCUCAUGCUUCUGCGUAUCCGUGGGAGGGGGUCAACGCUCUGGAUGCUGCUGUGCUAGCUUAUAGCAACCUCUCUGCGCUCAGACAGCAGCUGAAGCCUGAGUGGAAACUUCAUGGCAUCAUCAAACACGGAGGGGCGAAGCCCAACAUCAUCCCUGCCUACUCGGAGCUGGAGUUUUAUCUGCGAACCCCGCGGCUCAGUGAUCUUUGGGACCUGAAGGCCAAAGCCGAGGCGUGCUUCAGAGCUGCGGCUCUGGCCACAGGCUGCCAGGUGGAGAUAAUCUACCCGGCACAUACCUACUCUAACAUUCUGCCUAAUGACACACUGGCAACCCUGUAUAAAAGCAACGGAGAAGCUUUGGGCAUGGUGUUUCCUGAGCAGCCAGCUAGCUUCUCUGGUUCCACAGACUUUGGCAACGUUUCAUUCAUAGUGCCUGGGAUCCACCCGUUCUUCCACAUCGGCACCGAUGCAUUAAACCACACAGAGAAAUACGCUGAAGCAGCAGGAGCCGAGGAGGCCCAGUUGUACGCCCUGCGGGCGGCCAAGGCUCUGGCUAUGACAGCUGUGGAUGUGCUGUGCUGCUCGGAUCUGCUGCAGCGAGUGAGGGACGACUUCAGGCUGGCCAAACUGAGAGAGGAGAAGUGACCAGAGGGCAGAGACUCACAUUGAGACACACAAACUCCCCAAACUCGGCUGGACGGUUUCACUCCAAGAAUUAAUGCUAAAACAACAAAUUAAUGGCACUUUGAAACAAAUGUCAAUGCAUUUUACAUGAUAAACCAACACAAAUGGUGUAAAAAGGUGAAGCAGAAAGAAAAUUAAUUAUGAUUAUGAAUUCCUUUUCUUUUACAAAUAAAAAGUAAGUGGUGUGCACAGUUUACUAAAAACUCAUCAGCACUGCAAAAACACAAAAUCUUACCAAGUAUUUCUAGUUCUUGCGCAAAUAUCUUA